AUGUUUCCGUCAAAAGCUCAUUUCACACUUGUUAAUACAUUUAACAGUAAGACAUAUUACAUGCUAUCUGUUGAAACUCCUUAUCGGCUGGCAUUACUACCGAAAGACUUAGUCGUCAAAGUCAAUGAUUCAGAUCACACACCCUAUCACAUUUGCAACACCCGCAAAAUCUACGAACAAUACUAUGGUAUUCAUGGAAAAAGUGGACUAGCAAACAACGUGUUGAAGGAUUUUUUUAUAUCAAGGAGUAAAGAAACCGCAUUGUCCUUUAUUUAA